AUGUUUCCAUGGGUCCAAUUCAUGAAACGAGAAAAGGGAUUCCUUGGUGAAGAGGAGGCCGCGGACAUCAUAGCGCCAAGUUAUCUCGUCUCACAAAUAGACAGAGACAAACACGAAGAUGGGAAUAAACGUCUGACGCUUGGAUUGCUCGUUGCUGCCUUCUUGAGGCCGUCAGGGACGAAAGCCCACGGACUCGACCACCACUGA